CAAUCAAACCAUUUUCUUUUAUUACAGAAAACGAAUCAAAUCAUCGAAAAUCUCUGCCUCUUUUCGCUUCUACAAUAAUGGGAGGAGGUAAAGCUUAUAAGAACAAGAGGAAAUCGUUGUAUCCUAGGAGGAUUUAUGCUCGGCCGAGGCGGAGAGUCGCUAAUCCUAUUACACCGGCGAUGACUGCUGCGCGCAGAAGGCGUGAAAAGGAUUUAUCUGUUGCCGAGAAGCAUGUCAAUCAUGGGUACCGAUUGAUAUACACAAGUCAUACCAAUAGGUUCAAAAUCAUAGCCGAUGAUGUCAGACGUCAGUUGGAGAAAAGAUGGAGAGGUCUUCUUGUCUUCAGGUGGAUAUUGAAGCCUGGGAGUAACAUUGCAUUUCAAGUCGAAGAGAGACCUUCGCUCAGUACCGCUUAUAGGUUGUAUAGAUCACACCAGGGGGACUGGGAGCUCAGUCAAAUGACUACAUCUAGGCACAGUAGAAGGAUCUACAAUGAUGACCUCUCAGAUGAAGUUGGCCUUCACGGAGGUAUUGUUGGUACCUGAACCAGAUGAAGUUUGGUCUCGUUUCUUGAAACAUCAUUCUUCUUCUUUUUUUUUGAUCUUGCAUCAGUAUACUACUUACAGUGGAACUAGCAUCUUUCGUUUCAAUUCUAGCCUGUAUUACCUUUGUCCAACUGUUGAUUGUAAUACCCUGCCUAGAUUUCAAGGGUAUUUUUCUCUUUUAUCAAAACGGUAUUGUCACUUCGUAUAAAGGCUAUUUUGAUAAUUCUGUUCUUCUUUGCAUUGGCUUA